UUUGACACUGACAUGUUUAUUGUGCUUCCCAUGAGCCAUUUUCGUGUUUUUCGCACACUUUUCCCCUGAAAACUUCCAAAACAAACAGAAAAUGGCAAAAGUGGCCGACAACAUCAACCCUCUAAUCUACGAGAAGCGUUCAGAACGCGAAGUAACCUCCACAGACCGCGAUGAAGACGUUGCGGACGACUUCGACGAGCGCGAAAUAUUCGAUAUGAUACGCAAUAUCAACGAUCCUGAACACCCGCUUACUCUGGAGGACCUCAGGGUCGUGGAGGAAGGGAAUAUAAUUAUUAAUAACAAGGAGAACUCAGUGCAUGUGCGGUUCACGCCUACAAUCCCACACUGCAGCAUGGCUACGUUAAUUGGCCUCUCAAUCCGCGUGCAACUGCUCCGUGCCCUCCCCAGUCGGUUCAAGGUGACAGUGACCGUCUCCGAGGGCUCACACGCGUCCGAGCAUGCGGUGAACAAGCAGCUCGCAGACAAGGAGAGAGUGGCCGCCGCGCUGGAGAAUAACAACCUCGUGCAGAUCAUCAACCAGUGUAUUUCUACAGCUCUAGCUGGUUAAAAUGUUGGUUUGGAUAAUUGG